AUGAUCACUCCAGUCAAAUUCAUGGUCAACCGCCGGGUUUGGUUCAUCCUGGUGGUUCUUAUACUCCUUGCAGCAGCAGCCUUCAUCUUCCCUCAACAUUCAGCUACCAUCUAUGGCAAAGUCGGUACGGUCAGCAACAAGAUUGUUGGGCCCUCUGCAAAAGAGCUCAAACAACAAGCUAAAGCUGUUCAAGAAGCUCAAAUCCAAUACUCCAAACCAGGCUCAGAUCCAACCAACGAUAUUGUCCUGGAAGACGAACCCAAUAUAGAACUUCCUCAAGGCCUUGCAAAUGAAACAUUGGGUUUACAGAAAAUCUUUUACAUCAACAUUAACACUCGAUUCGACAGAGAAAACACAUUCCAUCUGCAAAGCUCGCUUAGUGGAAUCCGUGCGGACCGAAUAGAAGGAUUCAAGGCAGCAGAAAUCGCCAAACUUCGUGAACAGGGCAUGAACCUGCCCUCAAGUAAAAAAAGUCCAGACUCCAUCAUUGGUUGCUAUAUGGCUCACAAUAAGGUCUGGCAAAAAGUUCUUGAUGAAAAUCUUUCCACGGCUCUUAUUAUGGAAGCAGAUGCUGCCUGGGACGUCAAUAUUAGGGCCAUCAUGUACCACUUGUCUCAUGGCCUUGAACACAUGUUGCGCCAACAAAACCUACUUAUGUCCAAUGAACACUCAACUAAACAAGACCCUUAUUUGUCUUCCCACUGGGAUGUCCUUCAGCUUGGUGCAUGCUGGCGUGAACCCCCACGAAGUAAUCUGGCUGUCCAAUACUACGAUCCUCACGUCAACUCUGGCUUCCACUACUAUGGGAAACCUUUAACCCUCAACCGCCGGGUUAUUCGUUACCGGGAAGCAAACGCAUGUACCGUUGCUUAUGCUGUAUCACAGGCUGGUGCUCGCAAGCUGGCUCUCCGUGCUGGGGUUGACAUGGACAUGCCCGUGGACAUUGUAAUUAAGCGGCUUGUUGCACUUGGUCUUUUGAGAACAUACUCUGUGUUUCCUGUUCUUUUCGAUCAAUGGGAAUACAAGUAUAGUUUAGGAGUUCACAACACAGAUUCAGAUAUCCGUAAGCUAAAGGAAAUUGCUGGGUCCAAUGAGGAAGGUAAUGCCACUCCGGAACGUCAGGCGGAACUGGCAGCCGACAUUGAAAUUGCCGAAGAUCCGGAAAAACAAAAAUUGGCUUGGGAACGGUUUCACAAGAAUAUGGACAUUUGGCAGUACCGGUUCCCGCAGGAUACAAACUUCACCCACGGCAUGUUGGAGGAGUUUCGGGACUUGGUAUUUGACCGAGCAGCUCUUGAUAACCAAACUUAA